AGCCUUAAUUAUUUCCACUACUAUUCGAUUUCGAUCACCUCUCUCUCUAACUCUCUUCAAGCCUAAGCCUUAAUUAGAAGAUUUGUUUUUUGUUCUGUAAAAAAGAAGCAAAGUCUUCUUAUUUAUUUCAGUCUUUUCUCGAUUAGUUUUGUUUCCAGUCUUUUUGGAGAUCUCUGAUUGCAUGUAGAAUCUCUUCUUCAUUGAAAAACAAGAAUUUUUUGUUUAUCUUCUACAGUAUUUUCUCCGUCGAUUUAUCUGACUUUAUGGGGUUGAUUUCUGAUCCGACCGUCAGUAUUCAUGACUUUUCUUUUUGUCUCUCUAUUUUCUCCUUUUCGAUUCCAUCAUAAAUUGAUUUGUUUCCUUUUUUAGUUUUUUUUUCUUUUUUUAAAAAAGUAGAAUUAAAAAAAAAGAAGCAAAUAUGAGUGUAGCCAAGUCUCAGGUAUGGCAACCAUGCAAGAAGAAGAGAUCUUGAUAGAUAGAAAAUAAGAACAGGAACUUCAGUUUUAGAGAGAGAAAGAGAGGGAAAGGAAAGGAGUUUGAUUGAUUCCAGAGAAUGUCGUCUUCUAGAAGUGGUGGAAGCGGAAGCAGGACACGCGUGGGGAGGUAUGAGCUCGGAAGGACUCUCGGAGAAGGAACUUUUGCGAAGGUGAAAUUUGCUAGGAACGUUGAGACGGGAGAGAAUGUUGCUAUUAAGAUUCUCGAUAAAGAGAAAGUUCUUAAACACAAAAUGAUCGGUCAGAUUAAACGGGAGAUUUCAACAAUGAAAUUAAUUAGACACCCGAAUGUCGUCCGCAUGUAUGAGGUGAUGGCGAGCAAGACCAAAAUAUACAUUGUUUUAGAAUUUGUGACGGGUGGUGAACUUUUCGACAAGAUUGCAAGUAAAGGGAGGUUGAAGGAGGAUGAAGCGAGAAAGUAUUUUCAGCAACUUAUCAAUGCCGUGGACUACUGCCAUAGCAGAGGUGUAUACCACAGAGAUCUAAAGCCUGAGAAUCUGCUAUUGGAUGCUAGUGGGUUUCUUAAAGUUUCGGAUUUUGGAUUGAGUGCACUACCUCAGCAAGUUAGAGAAGAUGGGUUACUUCACACAACGUGUGGAACACCAAAUUAUGUUGCUCCAGAGGUGAUCAACAAUAAAGGCUAUGAUGGCGCCAAGGCAGAUUUGUGGUCAUGUGGUGUGAUUCUUUUUGUCUUGAUGGCUGGGUACUUGCCUUUUGAAGAAUCCAACCUUAUGGCACUAUACAAAAAGAUAUUCAAGGCUGACUUCACAUGUCCUCCAUGGUUCUCCUCAAGUGCAAAGAAACUAAUCAAAAGAAUUCUGGACCCUAAUCCUUCAACACGUAUUACCAUUUCCGAGCUUAUUGAAAAUGAAUGGUUUAAGAAAGGAUAUAAGCCACCUACUUUUGAAAAGGCUAAUGUUAGUCUCGACGAUGUGGACUCUAUCUUCAAUGAAUCAAUGGAUUCUCAAAACCUUGUUGUGGAGAGGCGAGAAGAAGGGUUUAUAGGGCCUAUGGCUCCUGUAACCAUGAAUGCGUUUGAACUUAUCUCUACCUCUCAGGGUCUCAACCUUAGUAGUCUUUUUGAGAAACAAAUGGGGCUUGUUAAACGGGAAACGAGAUUCACUUCCAAACAUUCUGCUAGCGAGAUAAUCUCGAAAAUUGAAGCAGCAGCAGCGCCUCUGGGUUUUGAUGUAAAGAAAAAUAACUUUAAGAUGAAGCUUCAAGGGGAGAAGGAUGGACGCAAGGGUCGUUUAUCUGUUUCAACAGAGGUCUUUGAAGUGGCCCCUUCUCUUUAUAUGGUUGAGGUUCGCAAGUCUGAUGGUGAUACCCUGGAAUUUCAUAAGUUUUACAAGAACCUUUCAACUGGGCUGAAAGACAUCGUAUGGAAAACGAUUGAUGAAGAAGAGGAAGAAGAGGCAGCGACAAAUGGUGUUGCUCGGGUUACUGCACGAUAAUUGGCUUCCUUCCUUGAAAUCAAGAAUCGUCAAGUGGUUUUCCUGUAAAAAUCCAAAUGUCGAUUAUUCAUAUGAAUGUUGUCUGGUUUGUAUGUAUUUUUUCCUCCCUCAAUGUUAUGAAGUUUAAUGGGGGGAACAUACUGUAGGUUUCAAGGACAUGUUCCUUGUGACCCUGAACAAACUCAAUCCCUUGGCCUGGUUUUUGUCCAAAAUGUGAAUGUAUCAUAACAUGUUUGCAUAGUUCGGUUUUAUUUUGAAUGUAUCAUAGACCCCUUUAAAGAAAGUUUUCUGUUA